AGCAAUGCAAUAUUUUGAGCUCAAUGAAACCGACGGUCCAGAUCGUGUAAGGUAUGCAGCUUAUUAUCUCGAUGGAGAGGCCAAUGUAUGGUGGCAAUGGCUCACAAGGGUUUAUUGUAAGCGGCAACAAAUUAUCACUUGGGAUAUCUUUGAAAGAGAGUUGCUUGCACGGUUCGGUACAUUUGAUUACCAUAACUACAACGAGGCUCUCCCACGUAUAAGGCAAACAGGCAGCCUGCGCGAGUACAUCAGAGAGUUCGAAUGGUUGGCGUGCCGCGUGCGCGAUUGGCCCGAAGAUGCAUUAGUGGGAGCAUUUGUAGGAGGAUUGAAAUUUGACCUAGCUGCAGAGGUUCGGCUCGAGAAGCCCGACACCAUGCACGACGCGAUGGAGGUUGCCCGACGACAAGAAGAUCACCUGGUUGCGACGCGAAGGGGACGAGCGGAUGCUCGUUUCACAGAUACGCGGUGCACAGGCCCAAGCCAGGCGACGGCAAGCACACGGCCGAACGUCAGCGCUCGGCCAGCAGUGUCGGUAGUAAGGAGGCUAUCCCUCGAGGAAGUCAAACGCCAACGUGAGAAAGGCCUCUGCUUUAAGUGCGAAGAGAAGUUUACCCCAGGUCAUCAAUGCAAGCAGGCCUUUGUGAUUGAGGUGGCCAACCCCGACGAUGAGGAAGCUGAGGUCGAGGAGGAACCACAUCAGGAGGAUGAGAUUGAAGCAUUCAGUGAGGAGCCAGAGAUUUCGAUGCAUGCAAUGGCUGGAAUCAGAGGACCAAGGACGAUGCGACUACCAGCAUGGCCCUUUGAAGUUCGAGUGGCCAAUGGAGAGAGGCUACAAUGUACUGAGUCAUUCCGGAAGCUGCCAAUCAAGUUCAACGGAGUUACCGUUAAGGCUGACCUUUAUGCCUUACCCUUGGUUGGGCCGGAUGUGGUUCUGGGAGUACAGUGGCUCGAAGGGUUGGGCAAGGUGACUACCGACUAUCGAACGGGAAUUAUGAA